GGGCCGGGCUGGUGAGCCAGAGUCUGGCCCGAGUUGGCUGGAGCUGUUGCCAUGACAAGCAUUUUCUUAAGAAAGCUCUGCUGUUGAAACCGUCUAAAUCCGGGCGUUGAAAGGGGGCGCGAAGUUCCUGCGGAACCGUCCCUCCGAGAAAAGCAAGACCAGGGACACCCGCCCAGCUCCCCGGCGCCCUUUCCUUCCAGGAACCUGAGAGGUCCUUCCCUUGGGAGGGCCGGUGGAGACCCAGCCCACUCCCUGGUCUCCGCGAGGAAAGCAGAAGAGACCAGCCAGCAACUCCGGCGUGGUUGCCACACUGGGGAGACCGGUGGGUGUACACCCCCCACCCUACCCUUAUCCAUGGAAGGCUGGAGGGGGAGUCCCGCGUGCAGAAGCCUGGAUCUUUGCUAAGAAAGAGAGAGGCCCCGUUGUCGUCGGUUUCCAGGGAGCCCUCCUCUUUCUCCUGUCCUGCCACCUCUCUGCCACUGCAGUUGCUGCUUGUUGCUAAGGUUGCCUCCAUGGUAACAUGCACAUCCUGUUUAUACCACCAUCUGGGAAAGUUGGUCUAAACUAGGAACCUACCUACCCUGGACAACUGCUUCCAUCACCACCUGGGGACACCAGUCAUCGUAACACGUGGUCCGGCUUACACUCAGUUCCCCUAUCCUCUUCCUCCUUUGGCUGCCAAGCUUCAUACACACAAAAGGACUUGGACCACAGGCUGCUGCUCUGAAGCUUCCUGCACAAGAUAUAGUCGGUCUUGUUCACAUCUGGACUCUCAGAGAAGAAAGAAGAAAGAAGUGAGGAAGAGAAACGAGAGACCCUGAUCAGUGGAAGGGAGAUUUCACAUUUUCUCUGGUGAGGGGCUUGGUAACAGCAGGCAAAAUGACGAACCCAACAGAACACACCUUGCCGGCCAACUCGAUUCUUGAGAGCCGUGAAGGGGAGUUUGGCUGCACAGUGAUGGACCUGAGGAAGCUGAUGGAGCUCCGUUCAAGUGAUGCAAUAGACCAGAUCAACGUCCACUACGGGGGAGUGAUGAAUCUCUGCAGUAGACUGAAAACCAACCCUGUGGAAGGCCUAUCUGGGAACCCUGCAGAUCUGGAGAAACGUAAACAAGUGUUUGGACAAAACUUUAUUCCCCCCAAAAAGCCCAAGACCUUCUUAGAGUUAGUGUGGGAAGCCCUUCAGGACGUCACGCUCAUCAUCCUGGAGAUUGCGGCCAUCAUCUCCCUGGUCCUGUCCUUCUACCGCCCCCCGGGGGGAGAAAAUGAACAGUGUGGUCUAGCCAUCAGUAGCCCAGAGGACGAAGGGGAGGCGGAAGCUGGCUGGAUUGAGGGCGCAGCCAUCUUAUUCUCGGUGAUCAUUGUCGUGCUCGUCACUGCCUUCAAUGACUGGAGCAAGGAGAAGCAAUUCCGGGGGCUGCAGAACCGCAUCGAAAAGGAGCAGAAAUUCUCCGUUAUCCGGAAUGGCCACAUCAUCCAGCUCCCUGUGGCUGAGAUUGUGGUGGGUGACAUUGCCCAAAUCAAAUACGGUGACCUGCUGCCUGCAGAUGGGAUCCUGAUCCAGGGCAACGAUCUCAAGAUUGACGAGAGUUCUCUGACUGGGGAGUCGGACCAUGUCAAGAAAUCCGUGGAAAGGGACCCCAUGCUGCUCUCAGGGACCCAUGUAAUGGAAGGUUCUGGACGAAUGGUAGUGACUGCUGUGGGUAUCAACUCUCAGACUGGAAUCAUUUUUACCCUCUUGGGAGCCAGUGAAGGGGAAGAGGAAGAGAAGAAGAAGAAAGGUAAAAAACAAGGAGUCCCUGAAAAUCGCAACAAAGCAAAGACCCAAGAUGGAGUGGCCUUGGAAAUCCAGCCACUCAACAGCCAGGAGGGGAUCGACAGUGAGGAAAAGGAAAAGAAGGCCGCCAAGCUGCCCAAAAAGGAGAAGUCCGUGCUGCAGGGCAAGCUGACUCGCCUGGCCGUCCAGAUUGGGAAAGCUGGUCUGAUCAUGUCUGCAAUCACAGUUCUCAUCCUGAUUCUGUACUUCGUGAUCGACAACUUUGUGAUCCAGCGCAGACCAUGGCUGGCCGAGUGUACCCCCAUCUACGUCCAGUACUUUGUCAAGUUCUUCAUCAUUGGCGUCACAGUGCUGGUAGUGGCUGUGCCCGAGGGGCUGCCCCUGGCCGUCACCAUCUCACUGGCUUACUCUGUGAAGAAAAUGAUGAAAGACAAUAAUCUGGUGCGGCACUUGGAUGCUUGUGAAACCAUGGGCAAUGCCACAGCCAUUUGCUCUGAUAAGACGGGCACGCUGACCAUGAACCGCAUGACUGUGGUGCAGGCCUAUGUUGGAGACACUCGUUACCAUCAGAUCCCAAACCCUGAGGACCUUGUGCCCAAGGUCCUGGACCUUAUUGUCAACGGUAUUUCCAUCAACAGUGCCUACACCUCUAAGAUUCUGCCUCCCGAGAAGGAGGGCGGCCUGCCCCGGCAGGUGGGCAACAAGACCGAGUGCGCCCUGCUGGGCUUCGUCGCGGACCUGAAGCAGGACUACCACGCCGUGCGCAGCGAGGUGCCGGAGGAGAAGCUCUACAAGGUGUACACCUUCAACUCGGUGCGCAAGUCCAUGAGCACGGUCGUGGAGAGGCCGGGCGGCGGCUUCCGCAUGUACAGCAAGGGCGCCUCCGAGAUCAUCCUGCGCAAGUGUAAUCGAAUCCUGGACAAAAAGGGGGAGGCAGUGCCAUUCAAGAAUAAGGACCGAGAUGAGAUGGUCCGCACCGUCAUCGAGCCCAUGGCCUGCGAGGGACUGCGGACUCUCUGCAUCGCUUACCGGGAUUUCAGUGAUGGAGAGCCCCCAUGGGACAAUGAGAGCGAGAUCCUCACUGAGCUGACCUGUAUCGCAGUGGUGGGCAUCGAGGACCCUGUGCGCCCGGAGGUGCCAGAAGCUAUUGCCAAGUGCAAACGAGCUGGCAUCACUGUCAGGAUGGUGACGGGGGACAACAUCAACACAGCCCGCGCCAUCGCCACCAAGUGUGGCAUCGUGACACCUGGGGACGACUUUCUGUGCUUAGAAGGCAAAGAAUUCAAUCGCCUCAUCCGAAACGAGAAGGGCGAGGUAGAGCAGGAAAAGCUGGACAAGAUCUGGCCUAAGCUCCGAGUGCUGGCGCGGUCUUCCCCCACUGACAAGCACACGCUGGUGAAAGGCAUCAUUGACAGCACUGUUGGGGACCAGCGGCAAGUGGUGGCUGUCACCGGUGAUGGCACCAAUGACGGGCCAGCUCUGAAGAAAGCAGACGUUGGUUUUGCCAUGGGUAUUGCAGGCACAGAUGUGGCAAAGGAGGCCUCUGACAUCAUCCUAACAGAUGACAACUUCACCAGCAUCGUGAAGGCGGUGAUGUGGGGACGGAACGUCUACGACAGCAUCUCCAAGUUCCUGCAGUUCCAGCUCACUGUCAACGUGGUGGCCGUGAUCGUGGCCUUCACUGGAGCCUGCAUCACCCAGGAUUCCCCACUGAAGGCCGUGCAGAUGUUGUGGGUUAACCUAAUCAUGGACACCUUUGCCUCGCUGGCCCUGGCCACAGAGCCUCCUACAGACUCUCUGCUGAAGCGUCGGCCCUACGGCCGCAAUAAGCCUCUGAUCUCGCGCACCAUGAUGAAGAACAUCCUGGGUCACGCCGUCUAUCAGCUCUCCGUCAUCUUUUUCCUCGUUUUUGCUGGUGAGAAAUUCUUUGACAUUGACAGCGGGAGGAGAGCGCCUCUGCAUUCUCCGCCCAGCCAGCACUACACCAUUGUUUUCAACACCUUCGUGCUCAUGCAGCUCUUCAACGAAAUCAAUUCCCGCAAGAUCCACGGAGAGAGGAAUGUCUUCUCGGGCAUCUUCCGCAAUCUCAUCUUCUGCUCAGUGGUGCUGGGCACAUUCGUCAGCCAGAUUAUCAUCGUGGAAUUUGGAGGCAAACCCUUCAGUUGUACGAAGCUCACCCUGUCCCAGUGGUUCUGGUGUCUCUUCAUUGGUAUUGGAGAGCUGUUGUGGGGCCAGGUCAUUUCCACGAUACCUACCCAAUCCCUGAAGUUCCUGAAGGAGGCUGGACAUGGCACCACCAAAGAGGAGAUCACUAAGGAUGCCGAGGGGCUGGACGAGAUCGACCACGCAGAGAUGGAGCUGCGCAGAGGCCAGAUCCUCUGGUUCCGGGGCCUGAACCGUAUCCAGACUCAGAUCGACGUAAUUAACACAUUCCAGACGGGAGCCUCUUUUAAGGGAGUCCUAAAGCGCCAGACCAUGGGUCAACACCUUGAUGUAAAACAUGUUCCUAGCUCAUCCUAUGUAACAGUUGCACCAGUCAAAUCUCCCCCCACCACUUCUGUUGCUGCUGCUGUUUCAUCUCCUACUCUGGGCAAUCAAAGUGGUCAAAGCGUUCCAUAGUUCCCUCCACGAAAGCAUUCAGAAACCCAGGAACCAAAACUCCAUCCACAACUUCAUGACCCACCCUGAAUUCACCAUAGAUGAGGAGGGGCCGCGAACACCACUCCUGGAUGAGCAAGAAGAGGAAAUUUUUGAAAAGGUGUCUAAGCCUGGGACUAAGAUGCCCUCGCCGGAUGGUGAGGUCACUCCACAAACCAACAGAAACAACAAUUCGGUGGAUUGCUGCCAAGUACAAAUUGUUGCUUCCCACUCGGACAGCCCUCUACACAGCCUGGAGACGUCAGUUUGAACUUCAUCCUCCGAUUCCCAUUCCUGCCUUCCCUAUGUCCCUUUUCAUCUGUCCCAUCAGUAAGGUGAUGAUGGGAGUUUUCACUGUCAUGUUAGCUGCUCCCAAGUAUGUGUGAACCGCACCUGACCAUGACGAGGCAAGAGCACAGACCCACAAGGAUUUUAACUGAAACUUGAGUUGGGGUUUGUAGCAGGACCCGGUGAAGCCCCAGGCAAGUGAUGAGUGGUGGAUCUAUUCCUUGGAUGUGUCAGUGGUCAUUUUGAGAGAAAUGACGAAAAUCAUCUUGGCGUCUACCCCACCUCCGGUUCUCCCCAGUACUCAUGCCUAUGUCUCUACUCUCCUUACUUCUGGAUUUUUACCCUAUGAGUCUAUGCUGUUUAUGAGCUCAGUUCAAAAUUCAGAGCUACAAACAUCAUCAAAUGAAAUGUGUUGAGGUAAGAAUGGAAGGUACAGAUUCAGCCUAUAGAGUGAUUGUUUUAAAACAAUUUUUCCAUUUUGAAAACUUAUACCUAAGGCCCUUAACCUCUUUCUGCCCUUCCAGUCAAACCUCCCCACAAUCUCUUGGUCCUUUGUGACCAUUGUCUUCCUUACCUUCACUCUUUUUUAAGUUGUGAUGAUUAAGAAAAUGGAAAGAAUAUGGGUGAGUUGAGUCAACUUUGACCUUUCUCCCUUCUGGCCCCACUGGAACUCUUGAUUUAUUUCUAGAGACAGAUACAUUUCUUUGCUGAUGGUCCUUUGGAAACAGUUGAGAGCAGGUAAUACGAUAUCCCUGUUGCCAGGUUAUCUACUUCUAAACUGCCAUCUUGUCAGGCCUGUGGUUUCUAAGUGCCAGGAAGAUGAGCCUUGACCACAAAGCUUACGUGUAUGUGGUUUGUAGUUUUUACCUGAAGCCUGAGCUUUCUCCUGUUCCUAAAGUGGUGGCAAAGGAAUGAAUUAAGGUUGACCCUGCCUCCUAACUGGACUUGGAUAUUAAGGAACAGAAGCUGGCAGAUCUAGGACAAGACAGACCAUCGAAGCCAACUAUGAGUCCUCCUUGGGGUAACCACUACUGCUUUCAAAGCCAUCUGCUAAGGCUUUUCUCGGGUAGGGCCUGAUUGUUGGGGGAGUGAGGAUUGAGGAGGCGUGGGAGAGGCCAAAGUGCCCUUGCAGCAGGAUCUGAGAAGCCAGAAAGCUGGAGCUCAGGUGACUGGGGUCAGCUUGGACAUUGCCUUCGGUUUUCUAAUUCUACUCUGCUGUGUCCCUUGACUCAUCUAGUCACUGAAAGGGCCCCAGACUUUCUCAUAUAUUCUGAUUUUGAAAAUAUAUGGCUCCAGUGACACUCUGCUGACUUAAAGGAGCAAAGGGAGGCUCCCCCUGACUCCCGCUCCCUACACCCUGCUCAAGCCCAUUCUAGAAUUCUCAGUGCGGCCCAAGGAGGCCCUGUGCCUUCCCCCCGCUGAGCACUGCCCAAAGCAUCCCCUUCCCCACCUGGCUCUCAGGAGCCAGGGAAUUGGCUAGGAGAUUUUUUAAGUGUUCCUUAAUGGGACGGGGUGGAGCCGCACGUGCAGUUUCUCCAUUUCUCUCCCUGCUGUGCUGACAUAAGCUCUUCUGUGCAGGAGUCAGCUCAUGUCUGCCAAGUCCCAUCUCCACUGGAUAAAUGAAGCCUCUCCCCUCUUUCUCGAGUGACGGGGGUGGGGAGAAGGGCCCUGAGGCGGCUGGGGACUGCUGCAUGUCCACCUGGGGGCCCGGUGACCUGACCUGUCGUCUGCAGCCUUCUCCUGUGGCUCCCUCCUCCCUCCCUCUCUCACCAGAGCUGCCCUAGGAAGGAGAAGUAAAGAAACGGUGCCCCUGCACAUCCCGUUAGUGCAUCAGCCCCCAAGUCUGAUUCUGGUUUUGUCAAAGUUACAUGCUUCCGUGAUCUCUUUUUCCUCCGUCUUCAGUACUAAUGGGGAAAAAAUAGGUCACCCGAGGUGUUUGGUGUUCACAUAUAUAUUUAUUAAGUAAUUGGAAGAUUUAGUUCUGUCGAGUCUUUUAUUACCUCAGAUCAAUUUUUAAAACAAACUUUGGAGGCUAUUUUAUCAUUCCUGCUCCCAAAAGACUCUCAUGGUGCCUGACAAGUUUACUCUUGAGGGCUUGUGUCUACUUGUUUAAAGUCAAUGGGAUUUUUUGUGUGUAUUCUGGUUUCCAUAGUAAGAAAGAAAACAUAGAAAUAUUAUGCAAACAAUAUAUAGUUUUCUUUAGAUCAUAAACUGAUAUUUUUUGAGUCAGCCAUAUGUAUUUUGUUUAAAGGAUUUAAAAUAAAGUGCUGUCAUGUGACCCUGUGGAAGGGGGCACAUAACCAACUGUUAGACAUGACAGGUGACCUACAGUGUAUUUGCAAUUGGUUUUAAAACCAAUGCACCACACAACCUUUCUCCAAACAGCCAUCUUUAUGCUUAGGGGGAAGAAUUUUGUUGGAUUCUAGAACUUUUUAAUAUAAAUUUUGCUGAUAUGGAAUUGAGCAAGUUUAAGUGUUUAUGUGCAUAUAUUUUUUAUAUAUAUUUUUUUCCUAUUCAGUUUCAGUGAUCCAACUGGCAGUGAAUAAAUACGGCAUAAGUUAAUAAAGCUUUCCCCAAAAAAUGGUGCUUUGGAUUUGAAAAGAGUCUGAUGGGGAAAAGGGGGAAAUAUUAUCCUAGAUUCCUCUCUUGAUAAAACUAGAAAAAUGGGCAGUAGAUUACCAAUGGGAAGGAAGGCAUCCAGGAAGAAGGAACAGCUGGCAGGAAAUAAGUGCACAUCCCCAUGGAAAUGGGUAUCAGGAACUAGUGAUCAGGAUCAGGGACCUCGGGUAGAUUUAUAUUUCUUGAAGAACAGCUAGUAGAGUGGUACCCAAGACCCUGGGCUGCAUGGGUCCUCUGAUUUGGGGGUUGCAUUUUUUAUGGUUCUUUCACCUCCUGUUGCCCCUGGAGUUUUCCAUUAGUGAUUUCUUUGUGCAAGGAUUUGAUUUGAGACUUCUCCCCCUCCCCUAGAAAAGUUUCAUGCAAUAUAUUAGGUGGCAGAUAAUAGCUCUACACAGAAAAAUAAAAGCUGGUUCUAGCCCUAGGUGACAAUCUUGACUAGAUCCUUCCCAUAGGUGUCCUCUGCUUCUAAAAUGACUCUCCAUCUCUAAGUGUGGUAGAGAGACCAAGAAAUCCCGCAGGCACUUGUGAGUUCUUCAGGGUUUGCAUUUCUUCUUCCCUUGAACUUCAGAGGGGAGAGUCCGCACAGUUAAAUAUGAGUGAUUACCUCAUUGCCAAAACCCAGGGGCAUGGCAAGCUCAUGAAACCUCUAAACUCAUCACUUCUCUUUCCUGUCUUCCCUGCCUAGUGACUGAAGCAGCCCCUGAUGCCAUCCCAAAGUGCACACUUCCUCUUCCUCCCUCUGCACAGCUGGGGACCCCCUCACUGCAGGGGUGGGGGUGGAACCCUUUGUAAAUGCCUGCUCUUCUUUAGCCUUUACAGGCUCUUGCUCAGAACAGACCAGACAUCUUUCCGUUUAGCUCAGUGCUGUCCUUACCUUCCCAGCCUGCUGUUAGACCUGCUGUCCCCUUUCCUCCUGAUUAGGAGAGGUGGGGGGAGGUGAGCUCCCCAUGACUGAAUUGGCCUUUGGUUCAUGUUUUCUCCCUGUAUGUAUAUAUGCCAUAUGUGAAUAUGCCAUAUAUAUGUGCCAACAACCUAUCUACAUUGUUUCAAAUUAGCACACAGAUAGGAAUUUUGAGUUUCUUUUUUUUUCUUUUCAGUAACUAGUAUAACAGGCACUGGUAUUUUGUAUAAAAGAAAAAAAAACAAAACAGAAGAUUGAUUAUCGUGAUCUGCAUGACAUACACAAACGGUGAUAUCAAAGCAAUGUGUAUCCCAGUGUGUGUUGCUAUAAUCUACAGUUCAGCUAAACAGUACACCCAAUCUGUAUUUGCAUUUUAAUAUUAUUUAAGCUCUCUGUACAAUGUUUUGCAUGUAUUUAUAUGGUUCUUAGGAAAAAAAUGCUAUAAAUGGCAAUUCUGAAAUUCAAAUAUGUUGUUCCAUUGAGAUAGGAAGAAUGGAAGGGGAGUUUUAAAAGAAGGAAAAAAGAGAUCUUUUUUUUUAGAACCAAUGAAGCUGUUGCUGAUGAGCAGAAACCAAACUAUUGUGCACUGAGAAUAAAAAUCCAUGCCCA